AAAAAGCACAAAAACUAUUUCAUUUUCAAGUCAGAAGUUUGAAGUUAGAAGUUCUUUCCACAAAGUCAAAAUCUUCUUACUUCCUUUCAGUGAUAUAAGAGACGUACAUAUCAUGACUUCACGCCGCACAACCAUCCACGCAGCAGCGGCUGCCACGCUCCUCUUGGCAGCCUUGCCGGUAAGCGCUGUCAAGAAUGGGUUGGCAAUCACACCACCCAUGGGCUGGAACAACUGGAAUGCUUUUGGGUGUGAUGUGUCAGAACAUCUUCUACUGAGCACCAGCGAAGCGGUCGUGAACCUUGGCCUCCGAGACCUCGGUUACGAUCACGUCGUCUUGGACGACUGCUGGCAGGACCCAGACGGACGGGACCCUAACGGCAAGCUCCAGCCGAAUGCCGACAAAUUCCCCCGGGGCCUGAAGGCCAUCUCGGAUGACCUGCAUUCGGAGAAUCUCAAGUUCGGCAUGUACUCUACUUCGGGAGAGAUGACAUGUGCACGAUUUGAGGGAUCUCUAGAUCAUGAGGUCGACGACGCAAACAGCUUCGCGUCUUGGGGCGUCGACUUUUUGAAGUAUGACAACUGCUACAACAUGGGCCGUAUCGGCUCCCCCGUCGCCACAUUCAACCGCUUCAAGGUCAUGGCGGAUGCCUUGAACGCAACGGGCCGUCCGAUUCAGCUGAAUCUUUGCAACUGGGGCGAGGAUUACGUACACACUUGGGGCAUGUCGAUUGCCAACUCGUGGCGGAUGAGCGGCGACAUCUACGACAGCUUUACCCGGCCCGAUGAUCUCUGCAGCUGCACCGAUCCUCACGACCCUCUCUGCGUUGCCCCAGGCACGCACUGCUCGGUCCUCUUCAUCCUGAACAAGGUUGCACCCUUUGCCGACAAGAGCAUUCCUGGCGGGUGGAGCGAUCUCGACAUGCUGGAGGUGGGCCAGGGCGGCAUGACACGUGAGGAGCAACGUGCUCACUUUGCCAUGUGGGCUGCGCUCAAGUCACCGCUCAUGUUGGGCAACGACCUGCGCAGCAUGCCGGCUGAGGCGCUGGCUAUUGUGAGCAAUCCUGCCGUUAUUGCCUUGAGCCAGGAUCCGCAUGGCCGCAGCGUUUUGCGCGUAAAGAGGACCGUUGGCGGUGAGCUCCAGCCCGACGAGUUUGGCGCCCAGGAGAGCCACGUCUGGAGCGGCAGACUGCAGAAUGGCGACCAGGUGGUGAUACUCCUCAACGCUGCCGGAAACGACGUCGAGAUGACGGCCAGUCUCAAUGACAUCUUCGUCGCCGACGGCCCCGGAGGCUCGGCACCCCAGGUCAAGUAUGGGUGGGCCAUUCAUGAUCUUAUGGCAAGCGAGAUGCCUAUAGAGACAGCCCAAGCCCUUGUCGAUGCUGCCAAUGACCGCGUCCAGACGGCAGCCAUCCUGAAGAAGGCCAACUGGUACAACGCCACCGAGACUCCGUAUGCAGUAGGUCUGGAGAAUGAAGACCCCAGGCUGUUUGGUGAGAAAAUCGGGGAGGUCGAAGCCAAGGGCGCGAUCAAGGUCAAGGUGCCCAGCCACUCCGCCAAAGUCUACCGUCUGAGGAGGAUCUCCAAGCCUGGUGACAACUACAAGCAGAAGAGCCAUGACAGGACGACGCGGGAAGUUAAGGAGGAGCUCUAAAUGGCGCUCAUGACCACCCGACUGCCGCAGAGUGUGAUCACAUUGGCGAUCCAGUGGGCCGCUUUGGUGAAAAUAAUUGAGGAGUCAGUGACCUGACCAAUGCCUUACCCGCUCGGGCAUGGAUUGGUGGGUACUGUAUGAAAGUUAUCCCUUCUGGGGGACCGAGGUGGAUCGGACAGGCUUGAUGCCUGCAGACUGCAAGAUUUGACAAGUCGCGUGAGGAGUUAAAAGCCAAGGGACACGACGCCAAAAGGCCGAUAUCACCAGCACCGUCAGGGCAUUACCUGGGUUGAAGUUAGAUAAAGGAAGGACAGAAGAAGAAGAAACAAGAACCAAUUGAUCAUACUGCGCGUGCAUAACUGUCUCGAUUGUAAAGGUAGAGGCGGCCCAUGAGG